AGUGUAGCACUUGAGUUCGGCGCGCGCGGAGGUUUCCCACAGUUCCCGCUCCGAUAUAUUAUAUUUCUUGGCUGAACGAAUAGCUAAUUCCUUUGUCUACACGCUAAUUGCUUCGAUCAGUUUGUUAGAAAAGGUGUGCGGUAGAGCCGUAACCUUCCCUGAACGAGAAUGCCGCGGAGUGAUGAAGAUCCUAUCAUUGGCAGUGAUGAUGAGGCGCUGGACACCGAAGUGGUUGUCCCACCCUCGAAUAGAACACUUAGUGGCUGGUUAAAACGACCCCGUUCGCUGAUUCUAGAGCCCGCCGUAUUUCUGGUUUUCUUCGGCAGAUUCCUAACAGAUGCGGUCUAUCAGAACCAGAUACUCUAUCAAACCUGCGUCACGGUCAUGAAAUAUAAUGCCACCGAAUGCGAGCCAUUUCUCGGUACUAAUCGUGCCUCCGAUGAAGUAAAGAAAAUCGAGGGGCAAGUUCAGGAGUAUGCCUCCACUAUCACAAUGAUAAGCUCAAUGCUGGAGAGCACCGUGCCCGCCAUAGUAAGCCUCUUCCUGGGACCCUGGUCGGAUAAGUUCGGCCGACGACCCAUCCUGCUGUCCACAUUUUCAGGCUUCUUUGUAAGUGCCAUUAUUCUGGUAGUUCUUACACAAAUAACAAUGGCCACCAAUAUCAGUCCCUGGUGGUUCCUGCUGUCCUCUGCGCCCUCGGUGUUCAGUGGAGGCACUUGCGCCCUCAUAACCAUCCUCUACUGCCAUGUAUCCGAUGUGGCCACCGAGGAGAAGCGAGCCAUGAGAAUGGUGACCAUGGAAGCAGCCUUAGGUCUGGGAAUGAUGGCCGGCGGAGUGGCUAGUGGUUACCUCUAUGCCGCCGUUGGUGCUUCAACCCUAUUCAUCUUGGUGGGCUCCAUCAUCUCCAUAGCGCUAAUCUACGUCUACUUCUUUGUGCCGGAGAGUCUCAAGUCGGAAGAUUUGCAAACUGGGUCACGCAUUCGCGAGUUCUUCCGCUUGGAUUUGGUGAAGGUCCUCGUGAAGACGUGCAUUAGAAAGCGGGAGAAUUACGAUCGUGCUAUCAUCUGGUUCGUGAUGAUGUCGCUGACUUUGUGCGUUUUUGCCAUGGAGGGUGAGAACACCGUCAACUACAUGUUCAUGCGGAAGCAGUUUGACUACACGGUUCAGGAUUACAGUGUGUUCAAUGCGGCGCGGGUGGUCAUCCAAGUGGUGGGCAGUACCAUAGCCAUGAUCCUGCUGCGUCGUCUUCUGGGACUGUCCACCAUCAUGAUGACACUCCUGGCCUUCGCCUGCUGUGUUCUGGAGAGCACGGUUAGGGCCACGGCUGUCUACCGAAGCGAGAUGUACCUGGCCCUGAUUGUGGGCAUGAUGCGGGGUGUUAUGUCGCCCAUGUGCAAGGCCAUCCUGUCGCACGUGACUCCCAGCUCGGAAUUGGGUAAAAUCUUCUCGUUGACCACUUCACUGCAGUCCAUUUCUCCCCUGGGAGCUGCACCACUUUACACGGCCGUGUACCAGGCCACAGUGAACUUUUAUCCGGGCAUCUUCAACUUCAUCAGUGUGGGACUCUACUCCCUUUGUUACUGCAUGUCGGCCACGGUCUUUGGCAUUCAAAAAUCGAUGGGCAGCAACAGCGUUUACCAAGCCAUUGGAAGUUGACCACAUACCCUAACUAGAACUAAUUGGAAAGGAACCUAGACAAAUAGUGUAUCACAAACAUUCGUAAGCCAGUGUAUCAAUAAGUUUUCAAAACCCUUUUUAAGUAUUAUCAUAAGUAUUUGCUAUCCCAAUUAGGCUUAACCUAGACAAAUGUAAAUAGUAUACACUAGGGACUUCUCAAUAUAACCAUACCACAUUCACCAAAGACUAAGUGCUAAUAUAUGUGUAGUAUAAAUUGUUCGUUUUUUAAAUGGAAUUUCAUCUAUUAAAUUCUCUGUAUUUCUAACUCUUCAAAGUGAUUGCAUAUCAUAAUUGUGCCUGGAUCUAAAGAAAUAAACAGACCAUCUGGACUUAGAUGCAGAUUGUGUAAACUUUCAA